UUCAAAAUAUACCGAUGGAAAAACGAACUUCGCCCACUACGCCCCCUCUAUUUAAACAGUCCAACUACUUGAGCAGGUCGCACCUUCGGGUGGCUAGAAAUACCUCUUGCCUUGCCGCUGAGUCAACAGUGUGGCGUCGCUUCCACUGUUCACGGACACGGGAAAUGAUAUCAGCAGUCCCCCCAUCCGCUGGGCCUCAGCUUCGAGACGCAGGACAGAGGACCUAUGCUUUGCCACAAACCGAGUCGUAUCUAAUUUCCCCCCGCCAGACGGAGUCAUAUCCAAACAUUACCGAGGCGUAUUCGAGACAGACCGAGUCCUAUCCCAGCAGGAUAGAAGCGCACGCCUUGCAAGAUCCGAACCUAACAAACCAUCGCCUUCCUUCGACCUGGCCAUCGACAACAAGGACUUUGACUGUGGCAACCAAGGGAGGGUCUACGCGAGCUACUAGACUAUAGAUAGAUAUCGUCGUUAUUAGGUUUAAGGAUAUACACGUCCAUGUAUUUUGAUGGUAGAUACAAAUGUUUUCCACUUGUUUAUUUAUUUAUACUAAGCUAAGCUAUGAUGAAUAA